GGACGCUAUCUUUGGGGGACCUCGUCUCGUAUUGAUGUCCUCCUCGCACCCUCCAUCGUGAGUUUCAACAGAUCAACUGUCCCCUUUUCCUCUUUAAUCAAUUCAUGCAGCCACUCUGCCAAGUGCAGGGCAGUUUGGUCCGAAGAACAAUUCAUUUGCGUCUUCGUAUCGCGGCACUGCGCAAGCCUCGGCUUCUAAGAACGGCGUACGCUAUUCGCUCACCUCGACCGACCUUCCAGGCUCGCUGUCCCAUCAAUCGAAGCAUCAUGGAGCAGACAGGCUUCGCUUCGUUCACCACCGUGAACUUUUACUCCGGUUCCAAGCUGAAUCGCCUCUCCUGGCUGCGAACUUCUUCGGAAUUCAUUAACGCAGCUCUGACAUCGGACGACUCUCGCUUCGUCGUUCUCAAUCGGCUCAACCCACUGGUUUACAAGGGCGGUGACCGCAACUCCUUGCUGGCAACCCUGAGCUGGAAAGACGUCAAGGACUGCAUACUGAGUAGCGUCAAAGCCUCUGGUGGGGAUCCACACACGACCGGUGACGCUGUUCAAGUCUUUGGGCCGGACGCGUACGGCUUGAAGCUUCCUGAAGGAGCUGACGAGGAGACGGUCAAAGAAUUCAAGAAGGCGACCGACUCCAUUGGACCCAGUACCCUUGCACUGGUGUUCCUAGGUGUGGAUGAAUCCCAAGUGCCCACCAAGUCGCUUCCUGGAGACCUGGCGGGGACGAAGCAGCAACCUGCAGGCACUCCCUAUUUUGCCCUCUCUCUCAACUUCACUCCACCCUCCCCGACUGGAAAGGAAUGGCCCAUGGCGGCUCUAAAGAAGCAUUUAGAGGAGCACCCCGACUACGACUUCGUCGAUACCAGAGCACUCGCGCAUGCGGGCACAUGGCCCAAGUCGGACGCUGCCAUCCUUGCUCACGCCAGGAGCCUGAUCGAUUGGAAUGAAAGGCACCAUCAUUGCCCGGCAUGCUCGAGAAGGCAAUACAGCCUGUGGGCUGGAUAUAAGCGCGGAUGCUCUUCUGGCCUUCGUCAAGCGGAACAGUCGCCAUUUAUUACACCGUUUCUCGGCGAGCACAAGCACUUUGGGGAAGACGGUAAGGGCGACUGCCCAUCCACACGUUUGCUCUCCAAUUUUAGUUACCCGCGCUCGGACCCGGUCAUUAUCGCCGGUAUCCUCAGCGCAGACGGCGAGCGGAUCUUGCUUGGGCGCCAGCGCACAUGGCCCAAGUCAUUCUACAGCUGUUUGGCCGGCUUUGUCGAGCCUGGCGAGUCCUUAGAAGAAGCCGUUCGGCGCGAGAUCCACGAGGAGGCCGGUGUCGGAGUCGGUGCCGUCGUCUACCACUCGACGCAAUCAUGGGCGUUCCCUUCGCAAUUCAUGAUCGGCGUCCUGGGCUACGCGAUGGAAGGGCAGGACUCGAUCCGACUCGAUCUGGACAACGAGCUGGAGGACGCGCGGUGGUUCACGCGCGCCGAGGUGCUGCAGGUGCUCGAGAGCAGCGCGACCAGCAGUCUUACUAAACAGGACGUGGAGAAGUUCGACGAGAAUACAAGGAUCCACGCUAAAGAGGAUAGGAAGAAGGGAGAAGCCGAGGGGUGCCCGAGAAAUGGCGAUGAUGAGAAGUGGGACUCGAAGGCCGCAGACGGUGUUGUGAAAGCUGGCGAUCGUCAUGCUGCCACACAGGCGCCUUUCAAGAUCCCUGGCGCCACUGCCAUUGCUCAUGUACUGAUCGCCUCGUGGGCUCGGAAGGAAGCUUACCUCCCACCACCUCCAGCCUCGUCGAGCGGCAAGGGGAAGAUGUAAAUGUAGAAGCGACAUAGAGAGUGAAAGUGC